AACAUCCCAGGCUUGCAGUCAGUCGGUGCCUUCAGAGUCGCAAGUCGGCGCGGGAGUGAGUUUUGCGAGUCACUCAGCAGCGUUGUGGACACUUUUUACGCGUCCUCGGCAUUGGCAUGGAUUGACGGUGCUCUACGUCCGGCCACCCACGCGAAAAGACAUUUUCCGGCUGAGUGAGAUGAUGGGCAGGCGAUAAACCGACACCUAGGGUUCUCUGCGGUUGCUGCUUUUCUUGGAUAAUUUGCGUCAAAGGACACCACAAAGAUGACUGCGUUGCGUUGGCUAUGCGUGAGCGUGGCGUUGGUGGCGUGUGUCAGUGCGCAGCUAUGCCCGUGGCAGAACGACCACCCAGAGCUGUCGUCGGCGUGCUUGUGCGCGACCAACCUGGCCAGGGAGGUGUCCAUCCAGUGCGACCUGGUGGACUGGCCGCUGCUGCUGGGGGCCCUGAAGAGGCACCUGCCACCUGGGCCGGGCCCCGUGGUUGACCUGCUCUACGUCAGCAACAGCACCGUCCGCUCGCUGCCCGCCGACGUGCUGGCCGGCGUCCGACGCGUGCGCAGCCUCCAGAUGUCGGGCUGCAAGAUCGAGAAGAUCGAGACCGGGGCCUUCAGGGGGCACGAGGGUUCGCUCAAGAACCUCAAUUUGCAGGACAACCUGCUCGACUCGGUGCCGGUGGCAGCGCUGCGCCCCCUGCGCAACCUAACCCUUCUGGACCUGUCGCGAAACAAGUUGAAUCGCGUGGCCCAGGACUCUUUCAGCUCUCUCGGUUCCUUGGCCACCCUGAAGCUGGCCGACAACGAACUCACCCUGGAGCCAGGUGCAUUCCACGGGUUGGAGGGCUCCCUGAGAAAUCUCAACCUGAAAGGCACCAGGCAGAAGAGGUUACCUGAGGCGGUCAGGGGGCUCAGGGCCCUCGCUUUCCUCGACCUGGCGCAGAACGGACUGAGGGAACUGCCCUCGUCAGGUGCCGCCGCAGGAAGAAACCUUCAGGGUCUGGACUCCCUGACGGCCAUCAACCUGGAACGCAACCUGAUCCAGAGCGUGGCGCCUGAUGCGUUUGCUGGGGUCGCCGACACUCUGAGCUCGUUAUCCCUGCUGAACAACUUGCUCACUGACUUCCCAACGCCAGCAGUCUCCACCCUGAAGGAGCUCAGAGUUCUCGACAUCGGGUUCAACCUGAUCACCUCCCUCCCGACGGACGCCUUCAACGGCACACCGUCGCUGACCCUCCUGGCUCUUGACGGCAACCCCCUGGCGUCCGUAGCCGAGUCCUCGCUGGUCCGCCUCAACACGACGUUGAGGGGCCUCAGCAUCGGAGGACGCUUCCUAAAAUGCGACUGCAAGCUAAAGUGGCUCGCCAACUGGCUCAAAAAUGGAGAGCUGCAAGUGACCAGUCGAGAGAGGGCACCGCAGUUCUGCGGAGAGCCACCCAGACUCCGCGACAGAACGUUCGCUGCGAUCCAACCUGAAGAGCUUUCCUGCGAAGCAACUAACGAAGUUGAGGACGCAUCCUCGGCCAUCAUCGAAAACGCCAUCCCUGUUCUGGCCGUGGCGGCGCCUUCUUCGACGACAAGCACCACCACAUCAACCACAACAGAGGCAACAACGACUCCUUCAACAACUCCAUCGACGACCACCACCACUACAACAACAACCACUCCAGCUCCAGUGAGGAGCACAACAACGAGCGCAACGACGACCACAACCACGACAACAACGAGGCCAAUCACAACAACCACUACACAAAGGACGAGGUUAACGGGCUCAGCCAACGUGAUCGUGUCAAAACCACCCCUGACCACUGCUGUCCCAACUCCAAGAAUCGUCUCUACUACCGCUCCUAGGGCACAAAUCCCAAUAGUCAAGCAGAAGCCAGCUCUGAUUCUGGGUGGCACCCACAGGCACGGAAUGGAAGACGACGAUGAUGAGGUUAUCGUGAAAUCGGCCAAUCGCGUGGACAACUCGGUCGUCAUCAACUGGGACUCGCGAGCAACUAACAUUCUUGGCUUCAGGGUGGUUUACAGGCUCUUUGGCGACAGGAGCUUCAAGCAGGGACCACCCCUGGACGCCUCAGAACGCGAAUUCAAAAUCAAGAACGUUCCUCCUCAGGAGUGUUUGGUCGUGUGCGUGGUAUCUCUAGAGGAGGUUCGUGCCAGUCCAGACACUGUUCCUCCACGUCAGUGCCGCGAAAUCCGCACCGAGCAGAAAUACGCCGGCGCCUCCACAGGCAACAUGGACCGCGUGACGGUCGCUGCCAGUGCUGCCGUCUGCGGCGUCGUCCUCCUGGCCGUGCUUGCGCUGCUCGUGGUGAGCAGACGGAGGGCGCAAAAGCUGCGACGGGCCCUCACCAGGCAGCAACAGGUCGUGCCCCCUUCCAUUCCGCACGGACUCUGCCCUCACAAGGCAGCAAACUUGCUCAUGUCAGGAACUUUGUCUGGUGCGCCUCCGUCGAUCAGCGGCUUCAGGUCGCACCAGCCGAGCACCCUGGCCAGGGACUGGGAGGUCGGUUCCAUGUAUAGUGCCAGGAGCAUUCCUCGCCCGAGGGUGCUGGCCACUCCCUCGCACCACGGAUCGGUAAUGGGUUGUGAAGCAGGCGUGCACGGAGCCUCUGUAUCGCGCUCCAUUGCCGACGGACAGUCGCAGAGAUCCUUCUCAGGACUCUCAGCGGCUAAAUUCUUGAGCUCGGCCGGCGCCAUGUCUCGCGCAGAUUUGAGACAGUCAAGGCAGUCCCUUGCGGCCCCCUCAGAGAGAAUGUCUCGAGUUGGUUCGCCCCAAAGACGACCUCCUAGCGCUCAACAAGGCACACGGACACGUUCCCGGAGUCGUGAGAGCUUGAGCUACAUCGAGCAGACGAUGGAGGGCAGCCGACCUGCGAGCAGGUGCUCGUCUGCCCUUCACCGCCACCACCACACGCACCUACGCGCCGGCACCAACACCUCAGGCUACGACACCUCGGACAACUGGACCGACCACGACAUGGACAUCUACAUGGCCAGAAACCCGACCAGGGGCAGCAGGAACAGUCUGGUCAGGCUGUGAGGUCGAAUCCGCGGACACGGAUUAUUGUGCGCAGACAUGGCCGAUCGGGGCGCUUAAAGAAGGGAGUGGAGAAGGGAGUCGGGCCUGGACUGCAGUGGCUCCCUUCUUCACUCUCUAGUCGAGCACCGGCUCCACUUGAAGGCCGGAAGCUGACGAUAUAGCUUAAGGCUCCACUUACGAAAAUUUUACACGAGCAGACAACACGACUUGGUGGAGGUGACAAGACGACAUUUUUUAACGUUGUGGUUUUUGCAAUCAAAAUUUUGACGUCGCUACGAAUUAUGUGACUUAAAAGUGCCACCGACGUACUUCAGACGUGGAUCGACGGGUUGCAACUUUUCUCUAGAGUGUUCAUACGAAAGGACUCGGGAGGCGCCGAUAGUAUUUCCAAGUGCUCAAUCAUGAAGUACUCUUGAUAUAUUUUUGAAAUAACACUGAUCUAUUUAAGUAAGGCUCAAUUAUAAUUUUACGCGCAUCAUCUAUCAGUUGUAGGUUUAUCUCUCUCGUCUGUAAGCCUAUGAUAAUUGAAAGCCUGUCCAUGUACAUAAAUAAUUUUUGUUCCCGAGAAAACGAUUCCUUAGCAUUGUAGAGUAAACCCUUUUCAUAAAUCAAAUAAACACGAUUGUAUUUAAACCCAA